AUGGAGAGUCUUACGAAAGAGCAAGAUUUCUGGGCAAUUAAUGAAUCCUGGAGAAAUUCGAGUCUUGGCAGCGAGACCGAAGGGACAAACCAGACAGUGAACCCCUUGAAGCGGAACGAAGAGGUGGCCAAAAUCGAAGUUACCGUGCUCGUUCUGGUCUUAUUACUCGCCCUGGCUGGCAAUCUGUGUGUACUGCUCGCCAUCCACACUUCCAAGCACAGCCAGUCACGGAUGUAUUAUUUCAUGAAACACCUAAGCAUCGCAGAUCUGGUUGUGGCGAUAUUUCAGGUUCUGCCUCAACUCAUAUGGGACAUUACGUUCAGGUUUUACGGACCCGACUUUUUGUGCAGGCUGGUGAAAUAUCUUCAGGUCGUCGGGAUGUUCGCCUCGACGUACAUGCUCGUUUUAAUGUCAAUAGACAGAUGCUUAGCGAUAUGCCAGCCACUUCGCGCUUUGCAUCGAAGAAAAGACCGAUUCUAUGUAAUUGCCUCGUGGGUGCUUAGCUUGCUGUUCAGCAUCCCUCAAGUGUACAUCUUUUCUUUGAAAGAAGUGGGGAACGGAGUUUAUGAUUGCUGGGGAGACUUUGUGCAGCCCUGGGGUGCCAAAGCGUAUGUGACAUGGAUCAGUCUAACCAUCUACAUAAUACCAGUGGCAAUACUAAGUGUUUGUUAUGGACUGAUAAGCUUUAAAAUUUGGCAAAACUUUAAGCUGAAAACCAGGAGGGAGCAGUGUAUAACUCUCACCCCGAAGGUAUCCAACGGCACUGCGUUGACUCGGGUGAGCAGUGUAAGACUCAUCUCCAAAGCAAAGAUAAGAACGGUUAAAAUGACUUUUGUGAUAGUCGUGGCUUAUAUCGUUUGCUGGACGCCCUUCUUCUUCGUACAGAUGUGGUCAGCUUGGGACCCAGCGGCGCCCAGAGAAGCAAUGGCCUUCAUCAUUGCCAUGCUACUGGCCAGCCUGAACAGCUGCUGCAACCCGUGGAUCUACAUGUUCUUCGCAGGGCAUCUUUUCCGCGAUCUGAUGCAGUGCUUUGUGUGCUGCUCCGCUCGCUACCUGAAGUCCUCUCAGUGCAACUGCAAGCGCGAGACUAGCCGCCGGAGCAACUCCUCCACGUACGUCAUCAAAAGCACUAGCAGUCAGAAGAGCGUCACACAGACCUCCAUAACGUGA